AUGCCUCGACACCUCCGUUCUGGCCUUGAGCUGCCGCGGCGCUCAUUCUUCGUCGUCUUUGCGCUUAUAUCUCUUGUGCUCCUUGCCACUGUCGGCUUCUCCAAGCGCGGCGCACCAGGAGGUCCCGUGUUGAACAUCCGGCGCGAUGAUACUUGGAAGUCGCACGCAAAUGCCAAGACGCGCGCUGCUCCGGCCGGUGAUAAGUAUUUGAUCGGAGCAGGCAAGGCCGAUAUUACAGGUCCUGUCGUCGAGAUUAACUUUGCUGGGUAUGCGGACCUAGCGCAGGUGGGAACUGGCUUGCGGCAGAGGAUCUACAGUCGCGCUUUCAUUGUUGGAGAUGUCAGCAAGCCGAAUGAUCGAUUUGUUUAUCUUGUGCUGGAUACACAGGGAGGUGACACGGCCGUUCGUAAUGGUAUCCUGGAGGGCGUCAAGGCUCUUGGAUCCGGCUACGCCAUGUACAACAAGAACAACAUUGCCGUGACGGGCACCCACAGCCACGCCGGGCCGGGAGCUUGGUUCAACUACCUGCUUCCUCAGGUCACCAGCUUGGGGUUCGACAAGCAAAGUUAUCAAGCCAUUGUUGACGGUGCUGUGCUGUCCAUCAAGAGGGCUCAUGAGUCCCUGACCGAGGGCUACCUUGACGUCGGUACCACAGAAAUCACCGACGGCGCCAUCAACCGUAGUCUCUGGGCAUACCUCGCUAACCCUGAGGCGGAGAGAGCCAGAUACAGCGCUAGCACCGACACAACCCUUACCCUCCUCCGUUUCCAACGGGCCUCUGAUGGCAAGAACAUUGGCGUUUUGACUUGGUAUCCUACCCACGGGACGUCGAUCCUGCAGAACAGCACCCACGUAGCAGGCGACAACAAGGGAGUGGCUGCGUAUCUCCUCGAGAAAGACCUCGCCGGGGAUUCGAACACCGCCCCUGGAUUCGUUGCUGGGUUCAGCCAGGCCAACGUUGGCGACACCUCUCCCAACACUCUCGGGGCGUGGUGUGACGAUGGUUCCGGCCGACAAUGCAGUCUUGAAAACAGCACCUGCGCUGAUGGCAAAAGCCAGUCAUGCCACGGUAGAGGCCCGGCCUUUCAGAAGCUGGACCUGGGCAUUUCGAGUUGUUAUGAGAUCGGCAAGCGGCAGUCCACCGGUGCAAAGAGAGUCCUCAACGCACUUGCAUCAUCAUCGACGCCUAUCACCGGUACCAGCGUGAAGUCUUUCCACUUUUUCAAGGACAUGUCGUACUUCAAGUUCCCUCUGGCGGAUGGCACCAUCGGCCAGACCUGUCCCGCCGCCCUUGGCUACUCGUUCGCUGCCGGCACAACGGACGGCCCCGGUGCCUUUGACUUCACCCAGGCCGACUCUGGCGCGCCCGAUGCCAAUCCUCUCUGGAAGGUUGUCUCUGGCCUGCUGAGAACACCCACAGCUGCGCAGGCCGCCUGUCAGCAGCCGAAGCCCAUCCUUCUCGAUGUGGGCGAGAUAAGUGCACCUUAUGCCUGGAGCCCGAACAUUGUCGACAUCCAGCUGCUCCGCGUUGGCCAGUUUGUGAUCAUCGUCGCCCCAGGCGAGGCCACCACCAUGUCUGGACGCCGUUGGAAGUCUGCGGUUAAAGAUGCUGCCAAGUCGAUUGUCAGCAAUGAGCCAAUUGUCGUCCUGGGUGGGCCCUCCAACACCUAUGCUCACUAUAUUGCCACCCCUGAAGAAUAUGGCGUUCAGCGCUACGAGGGCGCCUCGACCUUAUUCGGCCCCAACACUCUCCCCGCCUAUAUCAACCUCACCGUUUCUAACAUCGGCUACCUCUCACCCUCGUCCACAUCCAGCCCGCCGGCCGGCCCUUUACCCCCCGACAACCGCCAGAACUCGCUUUCAUUCAUCACCGGCGUUGUUCAGGACGGCUCCCCUGCCGGGCGUUCGUUUGGGUCUGUCAUCGUGCAGCCGUCUGCAUCGUACUCGCGGGGCGCUGUUGUCAAUGCCACCUUCCAGGCCGCCAACCCACGCAACAACCUCCGCCUAGAGGGCACGUAUGCUGCGGUUGAACAGCUCCAGAGCGGCACGUGGAAGCAGGUGCGGAAUGACGAGGACUGGUUCUUGGUCUACACUUGGACGCGCACCAACUGGCUGUUGGGUCACAGCGAGGUAACCAUCAGCUGGGAAACAGGCGGUGAUGGCGCUCCAGCUGGAACGUAUCGAAUCCGGUACUAUGGCGACUCGAAGCCGUUGAUCGGGUCGAUUAAGGCAUUUGAGGGUGUAACUAACAGUUUCACGCUGGUGUAG